AGGAAGCCUGAGGGAGCGGCACAGUCCCCGUGUUGUAAAUGAAGGGCUGAGGAGGUGACUGCAGCGGAACACCAUGGCUGGGCGGGGGCUCCUUCCCCCUCUCCCGCUUCUUCUUCUCUCUCUAGUCUUGGUGGGAAUCCUUCCGGAGGCCCAAGGCUCUGGUUACCUGUCCGGAUAUCGCCUUAGGUCCCGUUUGCAGAAGGACCGCCAAAUCCGCAAUGUCCGACCCAAUAUCAUUCUAAUUCUCACCGAUGAUCAAGACAUAAAGCUGGGCUCAAUGCAGGCCAUGAACAAAACUCGCCAGAUCAUGGAAAAGGGCGGUACUCAUUUUUCCAACGCUUUCUCCACCACGCCAAUGUGCUGCCCGUCCCGUUCCUCCAUCCUGACCGGCAAAUACGUGCACAACCACCACACUUACACCAACAACGAGAACUGCUCCUCUCCCUCAUGGCAGGCACACCAUGAGCCAAACACCUUUGCUGUGCACCUCAACAACUCCGGCUACAGGACAGCCUUUUUUGGGAAGUAUCUGAAUGAGUACAAUGGCUCCUAUGUGCCCCCUGGAUGGAGAGAAUGGGUAGCAUUGGUGAAAAACUCCCGUUUCUACAACUACACGCUCUGCAGAAAUGGAGUACGAGAGAAACACAGCAGCACCUAUCCAAAGGAUUACUUGACAGACAUCAUUACCAAUGACAGCAUCAACUACUUCCGCAUGUCUAAGAGGAUAACUCCCAGCUACAACUAUGCUCCAAACUUAGACAAGCACUGGAUCCUCCGCUACACUGGCCCUAUGAAGCCCGUCCACAUGCAGUUCACCAACAUGCUUCAGCGCAGGAGGAUGCAGACGCUCCUUUCCGUGGAUGACUGUGUGGAGAAGGUGUACAACAUGCUGCUGGAGACUGGAGAACUGGACAACACCUACCUCGUUUACACCUCAGACCAUGGUUACCAUAUAGGCCAGUUUGGUUUGGUGAAGGGAAAAUCAAUGCCUUAUGAGUUUGAUAUACGCGUACCCUUCUACGUACGAGGACCAAAUGUGGAGCAAGGUGUCAUCAAUCCUCAUAUAGUGCUAAACAUUGACCUGGCCCCGACUCUGCUGGAUAUGGCUGGUGUUGAUAUUCCUGCAGAAAUGGAUGGCAAAUCUAUCCUUAAGCUCAUGGCCAUAGACCGACCAGUCAAUAGGUUCCAGUUGAACAGGAAAAGUAAAACAUGGAGAGAUUCAUUCCUGGUGGAGAGAGGGAAGCCGCCACACAAGAGAGCUGAUGGGAAGGAAAUGGCUCAGGAAGAGAACUUCCUGCCAAAAUACCAGAGAGUGAAAGACCUGUGCCAGAAAGCAGAGUAUCAGACCUCCUGCCAGCAGCCAGGACAGAAGUGGCAGUGUGUGGAGGACCCAACUGGCAAGCUGAGGCUGUAUAAGUGUAAGGGCAUGGCUAGUCUCUUUGCCCCGCGUAUGCAGGCUAUGAUGGCCAGCAGUGCCUCUCAGGUAGCUCUCACAGCCAACUCUGACGUCUGCAACUGCGGUGAAAUGGGCUUCAAGGCAUCUUUCCUAAAAAAGAAGAGACUGCUAAACAAAAAGAACUCCUCUGUCUCGUCAUAUGCGGCGAUGAAAUCCAGUAAGUCUGUGUCCAGGAGGCGCUGGGCCCGCUCUGUCUCAUUUGAGCUGGGAGGAGACCUGUAUGCUGUAGAGCUGGAGAGAAGCUAUAAACCCAUGGGACCAAGAAACAGCAGCUGGAGCCAGUACAGGCGAAGAAGAGCCGGGAAUGAAGAGGACGGGGAAGAAUUCAGUGGAAUGGGAAUUACAGCCAAACCCACCACGAGCAACAACCUGACACCGAUUUCUGCCCUUAAAGUCACUCACAGGUGCUCCAUCCUUCUGAAUGACACGGUUAAGUGUGACGGGGGCCUCUACAAAUCCCUGCAAGCAUGGAAAGACCACAAAAUGCACAUUGAACAUGAGAUUGAAACUCUGCAGACCAAAAUCAAGAACCUGCGUGAGGUCAAAGGUCACCUGAAAAAGGUCCGACCAGAGGAAUGCCAGUGUAACCCUCCCAGUUACUCCCUCCUGGAGAAAGAGGCUUAUCGGAUGAACGCAGGACAGGCACGCGCGCUCAGAAUACCUUCCAAGCAAAAAUCUCUGUGGCUUCAGAAGGAACAGAAACGCAGAAAAAAACUACGAAAAUUUCUGAAGAGGCUUCAGAACAAUGACACCUGCAGUAUGCCAGGACUCACCUGCUUCACCCAUGACAACCAUCACUGGCAGACUGCCCCCUUCUGGACAAUGGGCCCGUUCUGUGCGUGCACCAGUGCCAACAACAAUACAUACUGGUGCCUCAGGACCAUCAAUGACACACACAACUUCCUGUUCUGUGAAUUUGCCACCGGCUUCCUGGAAUACUUUGACCUCAAUACUGACCCAUACCAGCUGAUAAACGCUGUCAGCACUCUUGACCGCAGCGCUCUGAGUUCAAUGCAUGAGCAGCUAAUGGGCUUACGGGGCUGUAAAGGCCAUAAGCAAUGCAACCCGGAGAAGGGAGGAAAGGAGCGAAUCCACUUCAGUGAAUACAGGGGUCAGAUUUGGGAAGGAUGGGUUGGUUAACCACCUGCAUCCCACAACCAGCCUUGCAGCAUCUUCCGCCCAAGGGAGGAGAAUGUGGAGUAAAGGCAGACCUAAGGACCUCUACUACACUUCGUUGGACCAUAACCAGAAAUAUGUCUUUAAUCCGGAUUCUGUUUUUAAGAGCUGCUCCUUGUGGCCCUUGCCCAAGUCAAGAAGAUACUAAAGCUGAAGGAAACUUUAAUACUCUUCAAUUACAUUUUGGAAUACAUCUCAUUUAAAUUUACAUCUGUUAGACCCCACCUGUCAAGGCUAACAGCAACCGGAUGCUAAAAGGCAGGUGGCACGGCCCACAAGCCAAUCACUCUUUGCUUGUAGAUAAUAUACAGAAAACUGCUUAAAUCUGCUUUCGUUAGGGACUUUUGGGACUGGUUGAGGCAUGAUGAGCUACAUGUCGACGCUGCUGCUACACAAUGACGUCGCCGUGGCACAUCUUGAUGAGAAAGUGGAAUGUUAGAAAGGAAUUUCCUCUGAGCCAACGUUUCUGCGCAUUGGAGGGACACGGACUCUGUGGCAACAACUGUCAGACUUUCUGCGUGAUCUUUUGUAACAUAGCUGAUCUUAACACUGAUGAAUGUCUUUUCUGGGGGGGGUCACCUCGCUCAUGGCUGAGAACUACGAGGUGGCCAGAGGUUGCCUGCAAAACCCACAGCCUGUUGAGGAGGUGUGGUCAUUGUCAUGAACAGGCCUCCUCUACACAAUCCUUUCACAAUCCUACAAUCCACUAGAACUUUUGACCAUUGACACAACGCGUCUUUAAAGAAUACCAUUUAUUUCCUUUGUCAAAACCACACUGUAAACGUUCCCAAAUAGUUCCGCUUGCUAGACAUGGUGCUACAGGAUGACAAUACAAAAUCAAAUCUCGCUGUACAGUGCAGUAUAUAUUUGAAUGUAUGUUGUGCAAUUAAUAUAAAAGUUUACAAUAUUUUUUAUAAUACUGAAGAAGAGGCAGAGCUCGUCACACAAUAUGAGCUGAAAAAACAAGUUUGCGUAUGAUAUUUCAUUUCCCAUGAUAUCUGUGUUGGUUGAUUUCUUAUUGAAAAGCACUUAAAGGGUUCACUGUGAAACAUGACCAUGUACUUAAAUGAAUCCAGUCUACUCUGUGCCACAGGAAAAACACAGCUCUGUAAUACUUGCUGAUGUGAUGUUUAGCUUCUUGGCUUUGUCGGCUUUUCGGACGUUUGUUCGUUUCUUCUUAGGAUUUUCCAUAGCUCUAGUUUACUGAUAGUAAUAGUAAAUAAAGUGUUUGUUGUCCAUGCCUUACCCGUCUUGUAUCCUGGGGUCACAGGAGGGUCUCCUCUUUCUCCUGUCCAGCAGGUGUCUCUCUCUGCCUGUGUCAAGUUAAAAACCCGCAGCAGCCAAUGCAGACUGCUCCGUGGGCUGCAGCAUCAAACAGACCCUGCUUAU